AUGAGAAGUCCCGUCAACAUGGCGACAAACGAGGACCAGAACAAGGCCCCGGUAGACCAAGUCGAACACGCACCCGCCCACCAAGAAACGGCAACCCACCGCCGCGAUGCCGCCGCAGAGCUACUGGGCAAAUCAGGCGCCUCGCCAGAGGACCGCGUCGUGGUCACGCCCGCAGACAACGCCCGCGUCCUGCGCAAGAUCGACCUCGUCAUCCUUCCCCUGAUGCUCUUCGUCUACUUCCUCCAGGGCAUCGACAAGUCCACCCUCGCCUACGCCUCCGUCUUUGGCCUCAUCGAAGAUACCGGGCUCGUCGGGGACCAAUACUCGUGGCUCGGGUCCGUCGUGUACCUCGCUCAACUGGUGAUGCAAUUUCCGCUCGCAUGGCUGCUGGUCAAGUUGCCCGUUGGCAAAUUCACCAGCUGUAUGGUUGCCUUUUGGGGCAUCACUCUUUCUUGCAUGGCGGCGGCGCAUAACUUUGGUGGGCUUUUGGCUGCAAGACUCUUUCUUGGGGCGUUCGAGUCCAGUGUUGCACCGGCGUUUGUGGGUAUUACGCAAAUGUGGUGGCGGCGACGUGAGCAGACGCUGAGAAUUAGCUACUGGUAUGCCAUGAACGGCUUCACCAACAUGUUUGGUAGUCUCAUUACCUACGGCCUUGGACACAUCUCUUCUCCCCUCAAGGAGUACCAGAUCAUUUUCAUCUUUUUCGGUAUCAUCACUGUGGUCUUUUCCGUUAUCAUGUUUCUCUACAUGCCCGAUUCUCCCGUCGAGGCCAAGUUCCUCAACGAUCAUGAUAAGCUUAUUGCCAUUGAGCGUCUCCGGAUGAACCAACAGGGUGUCAUGUCCCGUGAGUGGCGAUGGGAUCAUUUCAAGGAGAGCAUGUUGGAUAUCAAGACGUGGUGCUGGUUCUCACUCGUCUUUUCCAUCUCGAUCCCGUCUGGUGGAAUCUCCACAUUCGGACCUCUUAUCAUCAAGUCCUUUGGCUUUGACUCCUUCCAGACCAUCCUCUUCAACAUUCCCUUUGGCUUCGUCCAGCUCGUCGCCACAGUCGGAGGCUCGUGGAUAGCUACCAAGAUCCAUAAGAAGGGCCCAGUAAUUGCCGGGCUUUGCGUCCCGCCCAUUGCUGGCUGCGUCAUGUUAAUGGUCCUUCCCACCAGCGGUCAGCAAGCGGCUCGACUAGUGGGAUACUAUCUCAUCUCUGUCUACCCGGGAAUCACACCCCUCAUCUACUCCUGGUCAGCCGCAAACACAGCCGGCGACACCAAGCGAAAGUGCACAUCUGCCGUCCUCUUCAUUGGCCAAUCAGUUGGCAACGUCGUUGGGCCGUUGCUCUACAAGCCUGCUGAAGCACCCAGAUACACCCGCGGCCUGACGUCCAAUCUCGUUCUCUACUGUGUCAUUGUCGUGCUUGUCGUCCUCGUCAGCCUCUAUCUCGCCUUCCUCAACCGCUCGCACAGCAAGCGCCGUGUGGCCAUGGGAAAGAGCGCCGUCAUCAUCGAUACCAGUUUGUUCUCCGCGGCCGAGGCUGAGAAGGCCAAGCAAGAGCAGGCUGCGCAGAUAGCUGGGGAUAAUGGGCACGAGAUGGCUGCCGCCGGGGAGGAGCAGGCUGAGGAGAAUCAUGCCAAACAUGCCUACUGGUCUAGCAACCCCCGUCUCGGCUUGCUGAUCCUUGAGAUGGGACAGAAGCUCUCUAGCUGCGGCGGCAGCGGCAACGGCAACGCCGUGCCCGUGCGACAGCUACUCGAGGCGGCGAAGACCAUGGGCCAGGUCAAGAGCUUCCUCCUGGCCACCUUCAAGGCCAACUCACAGGCGCUCAAGUUCCUGCCCGACGCCGACAGCAUCUACGACGCGACGCUGUUCGUAGAGAUGGGCGUCGACAGCCUGGUCGCCGUCAAGAUGCGCUCGUGGUUCCUCAAGGAGCUGGGCGUAGACGUGCCGGUCAUGACGAUCCCGGGCGGUGCGUCUAUUGCGGACCUUGUUCGUCUCGUGGUCGAUAAGCUGCCGGCGGAGCUGCUGGAGCGUGUCGGUGGUCGUCCUGCCCCGGCAUUCUCGGGCGUAACGACGGAUGAGCUGGCCAAGGAGUCCACAGAGACGUCGUCCAGCAACGAGAGUGCGAGCGGGAGUGUUGAUGGGUUGGAUGCAGGUUGUAAAGCUGACACGGAUGUCUCGUCGGUGGCAAGUGUCAACGAGAAGGAUGAGAAGAAACCUGCUGUGACUAAAGUUAAUGUCGGAUCUGUUGAAGAGAUUAGUACCCAGUAG